GAAAUUAAAAUAUGGCAUAACCGAUAGUUUGCCUGCAGACGUAUUAGAUAAUUGAUUGUAGAUAAUUGAAAAAUGUCGAUAGUGAGGAUUAUAGCGUUCGAUAUAUCAUUCUCAUAUCUUAAACCAUAUUUUAGCCAACCCAUUUCAUUUAAUAUUUGUUUAUAAAAGUUAGUCACAAAAUGAGCACUCAGCGUGGUAAUUCAACAAGGACACGAUCCCAAAAGCAUAAAAAUCGAACAGUUUUUAAAAACGACUUGCAUGACAAAACAAAUCAACAAAAGAAAAUAAAUUCUCUACACGUCUCCGAGGUUUGUCAACAUUGCAAGGAUAUCAUAGAAUGGAAAAUUAAGUAUAAGAAAUAUAAACCUCUUACUCAACCUAAAACAUGUAAUCUUUGUGGACAGAGGAAUAUUACCAAGGCAUACCAUGUGCUUUGUAGAUGCUGUGCUCUAGAGGCACGUGUCUGUGCAAAAUGCCUGAAAAGUGAGGAGCAGGUUAUCAUUGAACCACCACAGCCAACUAUAGAAGAACAAGUUAAAUUGAAAGUGGAAAUGGAACGACUUAUAAAAUCUUUACCAGAACGAAAACGAAGAGCCUUCAUUCGGUACAUGGAUAAGGGUAAAAAAGAAGAAGAGAAGACUGUUUCUGGGGACGAAAUUGAAUGCGACAUACAGUCUAAGAAAGAAAUGGAUGAUAAAAUACAUUUACCGCAUACUAGAGAAGAACUAAUUCAAAAGAUUGAGAUGCUCAAGUUAAAUAAGGAAGAUGAGUACUUUGAUUCCGAUAAUGAUUCUGAUGUCGAUGAUGAAGGUCCUGUGUAGUUAAUACGUUUUUUUUCUGUAUGAAGUAUGAUUAUGCAUAUUGAAGUAGUACUCUAAUUUUGGAGUACUUAUCAUAAUAUUUAUUAUUACAAAGUACCAAUUAUAUUAUAAAAUCUAUACAAAUACAAAAUGUGUAAGUGAUAUAUGAUUAGAUAAUUAUGAAUAACA